AUGCCACGCCUGGGGAGCCACCUGGUGGCGGUGUGGGUCUCCGACGAGUGCAUUCACGAGACCUCCGAGGUGGCCAGCCCUGCUUGUGCGCACAUGAAUUCCUUCUGGGAGCGCACCUAUUUGAUGAUGCGGGGCUACUGCACUCGAAGGAUCUGUGCCCCUUCGUUUGCAGCUGGUUCUAUUUCGGACCCCAACGUGCUGGAGCUGCACUGCGAGGACUUCAGCAGCGCAACGGACGGCUCCAACUCCUCGAUCUCCGAGUUCGGACAAGACUGGUUUGCGCUCCGGAACUUUCUGGGUCUAAGCUCAAAGGGCAUCUAUGUGGAUGUUGGAGCAUCUUUGCCCUUUGACUACAGCAACACUGUGAUGUUGGAUCGCUGCCAGGGGUGGCGAGGCAUCUGCGUGGAGCCGAAUCCCCAUCUGAGCUUCCUGCUUGAGGUGGGAAACUGCUGGAGUUCCUGUGUUCCUUUGUUUUCACAGUGGACGGAAUUAAAAGCAACAAUUUUAAAUGUAGAGCCGGGAUGA